AUGAUUGUUGUGUCUGGCGGUGGCUUGUUCCCCAGCUUCCGCUGUUGGUUGGAUUGCAACGCCGGCAAAGUCUCAAUUCAUCCACUCAAACGGUUGCGAACGCAAGGCAAUUCGUCUGCAACAACCCCGUAUGCACAGGAGAAGUUGCCUGCACCGAUGGCACCUUUGGUAGCAUCGCGCAGGGCGAUUUCGAGCAAGCCCAUGCGGCUCCGCCGUGUCUCAUAG